UCCCGGCCGCCAUUCCUUCAGCUCCGACCAAAGAUUUCCAUCCGGCGCCGGCGGCGAGAUCCAUGGGCUCCAUCGCGGCAGACUCGGCGCCGGGGGCGCCGGCGGAGCUGGUGUUCCGGUCCAAGCUCCCGGACAUCGAGAUCCCGACCCACCUGACGCUGCAGGACUACUGCUUCGAGCGCCUGCCGGAACUCGCCGCGCGCGCCUGCCUCAUCGACGGCGCCACCGGCGCCGCGCUCACCUACGGCGAGGUGGACGCGCUCUCGCGCCGCUGCGCGGCCGGGCUGCGCCGCCUCGGCGUCGGCAAGGGCGACGUGGUCAUGGCGCUGCUCCGCAACUGCCCCGAGUUCGCCUUCGUGUUCCUCGGCGCCGCCCGGCUCGGCGCCGCCACCACCACCGCCAACCCGUUCUACACGCCCCACGAGAUCCACCGCCAGGCGACCGCGGCCGGGGCCAGGGUCAUCGUCACCGAGGCCUGCGCCGUCGAGAAGGUGCGCGCGUUCGCCGCCGAGAGAGGGGUGACCGUCGUCUCCGUCGACGAGGGCGUCGACGGGUGCCUCCCGUUCGUCGAUACUCUCCUCGGAGAAGACGGCGACGGCGGGGAGCGGUUCGUCGACGAGGUGGUCGACCCCGACGACGUGGUCGCGCUGCCGUACUCGUCCGGCACCACCGGCCUACCCAAGGGCGUCAUGCUCACCCACCGCAGCCUCGUCACCAGCGUCGCCCAGCAGGUGGACGGUGAGAACCCGAACCUGCACUUCAGCUCGUCCGACGUGCUGCUGUGCGUGCUUCCGCUGUUCCACAUCUACUCGCUCAACUCGGUGCUCCUGGCGGGGCUCCGCGCCGGGUGCGCGAUCGUGAUCAUGCGCAAGUUCGACCACGGCGCGCUGGUGGACCUGGUGCGCGCGCACGGCGUCACCGUGGCGCCAUUCGUGCCGCCCAUCGUGGUGGAGAUCGCCAAGAGCGCGCGGGUGACCUCCGCGGACCUGGCGUCCAUCCGGCUGGUCAUGUCGGGGGCGGCGCCAAUGGGCAAGGAGCUGCAGGACGCGUUCAUGGCCAAGAUCCCCAACGCCGUGCUCGGCCAGGGAUAUGGGAUGACCGAGGCCGGCCCCGUGCUGGCCAUGUGCCUGGCCUUCGCCAAGGAGCCAUUCGCGGUCAAGUCCGGCUCCUGCGGCACCGUCGUCAGGAACGCCGAGCUCAAGAUCGUCGACCCCGACACCGGCGCCUCCCUUGGCCGCAACCUGCCGGGGGAGAUCUGCAUCCGCGGCAAGCAGAUCAUGAAAGGUUACCUAAAUGAUCCGGAGGCCACAAAGAACACCAUCGACAAGGACGGUUGGCUGCAUACUGGUGACAUUGGUUAUGUCGAUGAUGACGACGAGAUCUUUAUUGUCGACAGACUGAAGGAGAUAAUCAAAUAUAAGGGAUUCCAAGUACCUCCGGCAGAACUUGAAGCCCUUCUCAUUACGCACCCUGAAAUCAAGGAUGCUGCUGUCGUAUCGAUGCAAGACGAACUUGCUGGUGAAGUUCCGGUUGCGUUUGUUGUGCGGACUGAGGGUUCAGAGAUCAGCGAAAACGAGAUCAAGCAGUUCGUUGCAAAAGAGGUUGUCUUCUACAAGAGGAUCUGCAAAGUGUUCUUCGCAGAUUCCAUUCCAAAGAGUCCUUCCGGCAAGAUCCUCAGGAAGGACCUGAGAGCAAAGCUCGCCGCAGGCAUUCCCGGCAGUGAUACCACACAGUCCAAAAGCUAAAUCAGAUAUAUUGUUUCCCAACCUUACACACCUCUGUCCAACACCAUGUAAUGUUCUUCAUAUAAACGGAAAUUAUUACAUAUAGAAGGGCCGAUUCUUUUUACUAGAUGUGUCCAACAUAUGAUAUGUUUGUUAGGCCGAUGAUGUGUAACCUGUCAUGUAUAGAUACCGCCUUUUUUUUGACAAGAAAGGCUGAUUAUAAUGUAUACCGUGAGCUGAAUAUUUGUUCAGGGAGAUCAGGAUUCGGUUGCCAA